AAUUGGAUAACAUUUCACAAUCCUCUAGAGAACACAUCAUAUUUCAUAAUCAUUACAAAAAAAAAAAUAAAAAAAAAAUGUCUACACUUUCAUCAUCACCAAAACAACAACCUCCAUGGCAGGUUAUUGUUCUUGUAUCAACUCAUCUUGAUCCAAAAACACUAGCUAUAGCUUCAUGUGUUUGUAAAUCAUGGUCAAUUUCUCUGUCAUUAGAUCAAUUAUGGCAACCCCUUUGUUGUUCUCAUUACCCUUCUCUCUCAACACUUCAUAAUAAUAAUGAUAACAAUAAUAGUUAUGAUUCUGUUGUUUCUUAUAGGCGGUUAUACGCCCUCGGUCAGAGGGCGAGUAACCGCCGAUUAAAACAACCCUCGAAACCUUGUGUUUCGAUUAGUAACAUAAUUUUUGCACUGAAUAUUUAUAAAAACAGUGUGUGUGUGGUGAGUUUAGUGAAGAAUGGAAGUCAACUUAGCUUUGACAAAAAAGGGGUUUUUCGAUUCGAUAUCGAUGUUGAACAAUGGCUGAGGAAUUCUGGCUCCGCCGCUGAUAACAAGAACGGGGAUUUGGGCACAUUCGAUGCCCUCGGUGCCGUGAAGGUAACCUGGGACGUAAUUUUGGAAGGAUACAAAGGUGUUUUCAACGUAAUGAAUUGUAAAGGGAAAGGUAGGUUUGUUUUAGGAUUAGAAGGGUGGUUUUCGGAGGAGCUACCACCGCCGGGGUGUUGCUCGAGCGAUACUGUUAGCGGUCUCAUGGCGGAUUUACGGUUGGGACUGAAAGUUGAAGAUGGAAGAGCAAUGGUGGAGAAAAUAAGUGCUGGAAUUUUGAGUAUAGUAAGUUGGAGAUAUUUGUUUGUUGAUGAUGCUCUUAGGUAUUUGCAACAUUUUCUUGUGUAAGCUAAGGUAUCUCGAAAACGGAAAAUGGACACAUCAGAUAAGGUCAGGUCAGACCAGGUCUGCGUAUACUCUAGACUCUAUCCAGCUAGACCUAGUAGACUCUAUCCAGCUAGACAAACUUAUAUUUUGUGUUUUUUUACUCUUUGUCAAAUGAGAUUUUGUAUUUAUUUAUUUUUGCUUGUGCAUACUGUUUUAAGAUAAGUGGGCUAAUUAAUUC